AUGACAGAGUCUAAACCGACAUCAAAUGCUGGAGAAGAUGUUCUUCAGUUUCUUGAAACAUUAGACACAUACUCACAAACUACAGAUGCUUCUAAUCCAACAACAGAAGGUCAAGUUACUGAUACCCAGUCAGUUCUUGAUUUUAUUGACCAGUUUUCAAAACAUCAGAAUAAUAAUUCAAAAGGAGAUAGCCAAAGUAAUGUUUCAAUAAGUCAAGAACAUUCGGCAGAACGUCCUGAACCAUCAACACAACCAUCACAAUUAUCAGAUGCGAAUCAAGACAUAAAGCAGAGUGGGACUUGGUCUUGGGGUGGUUUCAUGGCAUCGGCUUCUACAGCUUACAAGACUGCGAGUACUGUCGUUGAUACCUCUGUUAAAGGGGCAUUGGCUACAGUUGAAACUGUACGUACAAAUGAAGGAACUAAAAAAAUUGAAGAAAAAUUUCGUGGAAUUCUAAACAAAGAAGCAAUUGGAAAAAUAGUUCCUCCAAUUUCACAAUAUGAAAUAGUAGAAGUAUGGUUAACACAUGAUAUGGUAGGUUAUGUGGGAAUAGAAUCCAUUGUAUAUAGGUCGUUUAUGAAAGUAAUGGAACAAGUUGAGGGUGGAGAUAUUGUAGUACGAAAAGCAAAUGAAUCGAUAAGGCGCGAUUCAGAAGAUGACUCAUGUAGGGAUUUAAAUAUUUGUGAAGGUUUUAUUGAAGCUGUAGGAAUUGCAAAGAAACAUUAUAAACCACCUCCCUCAAUAAGCGAAAAGAUCAAAGAACAAGAUCAAAAAGAGUUGUUAAGAGAUAUUCCAUCUACAACAUGUCCCGUUUUCAUGGCAAUUCAACCCACAAAAGCAAACCCUUACUCUUUACCAACAAAUAACGAAAUCACAAUAGACCCCGAAAAUUAUCUAUAUUACGUUAUCGUUCUUACUGAUCCAACUCAUAAUCUAAACUUUAAGACUGUUUCCCAAGCAUUGCCUGCAAGUUGGAUAGAUAUUCCAUAUGAAGAAAAUGAAUGGGUAGAAGCAAAAAUGGUUUCUGCUAUAAAAUUAGCCGUUCAAAUAAUAGCUCAAGAAUAUGUUUGGCAUCGUAUGACAGCCAGCGAAGGACAGCAACAAGAAGAAAAUCAACCAUCUGAAGAAAAACCGGAAUGA